AUGACGAUGAAACGAUCGCUAAACGACAUUCUGGACGGCCACGAGGAUGUGGAUCUCGACUCUACCGCCGAGCUGGAUGUAGACAUGGAGACCCCACCCUUCCAGGAUGCCCCAGACACCCAGAUGCGAAUGUGUGUGGACUGUGGAGAUCAGCCAGCGGACAAGAACUGCCAGGGCUGUGAGGAAGACUUUUGCGACGUAUGUUUUCAGUACAUUCACCGAACCGGCAACCGAUCUAAACACGCUACUCUGCCCAUUGAGAACGCUAUCACCAACUCGGCAGGUGGCGCGACUGGAGCCACCACAGCGAGCAAUGGAGCUGGACAAGAGCCUGAGGACAAGGUCGACAUGUCUCUGUCGAAGCACUCCAUGAUUGAACCCGAUGAGACCCAGCUCAAGGUUCUGGCCCUGCUGAAAGAGCGGGCUAAGGAUGUUCCUGUUCGGCUCACUUAUGACGAGAGAAAACUGCUCAGACUGUUGGAGGCUGCUCUCAACGUCUCCGAGUACACCGACAAGGUCGACAUUCUGUCCUACACUUCCAAAGCCAAGCGUAUUGUGGCCCAGCUCCGAGAAAUGUGCUCGAUUAUGGCUGCUCUGGUUGUGGCUACAGACAUGAAGACUGGACAGGCACUAUUUGAGAAUAAGAACUUUGCUGAUAACGCCGAUUGGUUCCAGACUGUGUUUGAAAUUGGCCGGCGAUACAAGAUCAUGAACCCUGACAAGAUGCGAGACUCUUUUGGUAAACUCAUGUACAUGAUCAUGGACUCAAGGCUGGCAGAAGUGUCUCAGGUCAUGGAGUUUGAUCUCUACAAGCCUGUCAAGAGCGUCUAUAGCCAUCUGCGAUCAUUUGGAGAUGGCGCUGACGGUUCCGGCGUCGCUGUCUUUGGAGAUCCUCUAAUUGUCGAUGCCAUCAUGGAGAUCAACCCUGAUGGCAAGAACCGAAGACAGAUUCAGCAGGCGAUCCAGACCAAGGAGCGAGCUAUCGAGAUUCUGGCCAAGCGAUACUCCAAGGGCAAGCUGCUUAAGGAGGAUGUUCGACAGUGUCUCUAUUCUCUCGGAGAUUACCAUGCCUAUCUCCGAGCCAACCAGGAGCCUGUGGAGCGAAUGAUGAAGUACCUCAAUGAAGACUUUGACGAGUCUUCCGACACAUCUGGUGAGUUCCAUCUGGCUAUCAGAUACGGCUCUGGAGGGGCUCGUCUGUCCCACAACCACUCAAAGCAGUACCAGUACGUCCGCCAGUCUCUGUCUUUGUGGUCCGAGAUUAUGAAGGAGAUGUUCCGAAUGUGGUCGCUUUCGGACGCGGACCUCACCAGCACUGGCCGAUACCAGCUCACCGACACUGGUCAGGGUCUCAACCGAAUCAAGGGCUGCCCUGGUGUGUCUCGAGCCAUUCAUGGUGUCAUAUCCAAGGCUCAGCAUCGAACUGGCUCGUGGAUUGGUUCCUCAGUCGUCCACCUGGGGGAUCAUACUGUGCCCAACGCCCUCUUUUUCCUGGACAAGUACCUCCAAGUGCCCCGUAUUCUCAUUCCCGUGGACAUGGUGGUCUCCAAUAUCGAAAGCCUCGCAAAGGACCCACAUGUGUCCCUGUGGAUAAAGGAGCAGUUUGGUUCACCUGACCGGCUCCGGAAGACUAUUCUGGCUGACUUCUUCAAGCACGCCUUUGACGGAUCUGGAGCAGACAACUUCUACGACGCCGGCUCGUGUAUCGACGGCCGACUCACCUCUGCAUGGAACUGGGCCAACUCCAUUUCCAAAAAGAGCUAUUACAAGAUCUUCCUUGUCAGUGGCUUCACUGGGUUCGAUGGAGCUGGCUUUUAA